CCCGCGGCGCCCCGAGACUGCCCGCCUCCCCGAUUUUCGCGUGGAGGAGUCCAGGAAAAGCUGCGGGAGUGUUGGGGCUCCUCCCCACCCAGUUAUGGCCACCCAGGUGAUGGGGCAGUCUUCUGGAGGAGGAGGGUUGUUCCCCAGCAGCGGCAGCCUCGGCAUGGCCUUGCCCAACGACAUGUACGACUUGCAUGACCUCUCCAAAGCCGAACUGGCCGCACCUCAGCUUAUCAUGCUGGCCAACGUGGCCCUAACCGGGGAGGUGAACGGCAGCUGCUGCGAUUACCUGGUGGGUGAGGAGAGACAGAUGGCAGAGUUGAUGCCCGUCGGGGACAACAACUUUUCAGACAGUGAUGGUGAAGGACUUGAAGAGUCUCCCGAAAUAAAAGGCGAACCCAAUGGCCUGGAAAACAUGGAGCUGAGACGUUUGGAGCUGAGCGUCGAGGAGCCACAGCCGGUAUUUGAAGCAUCAGCUGCCCCGGAAGUUUACAGUUCAAAUAAAGAUCUCCCUCCCGAAACAGCUGGAGCAGAGGACAAAUGCAAGAACUUGAAGACCAAACCCUUUCGCUGUAAGCCGUGCCAGUACGAGGCAGAAUCAGAAGAACAGUUUGUGCAUCACAUCAGAGUGCACAGUGCCAAGAAGUUUUUUGUGGAGGAAAGUGCAGAGAAGCAAGCAAAGGCUAGGGAAUCUAGUUCUUCCACUGCCGAAGAGGGCGACUUCUCCAAGGGCCCCAUCCGCUGUGACCGCUGUGGCUACAACACCAACAGAUACGAUCACUACACUGCCCACCUGAAGCACCACACCAGGGCCGGGGACAACGAGCGCGUGUACAAGUGCAUCAUCUGCACGUACACCACCGUCAGCGAGUACCACUGGAGGAAACACCUGCGGAACCAUUUCCCAAGGAAAGUGUACACGUGUGGAAAAUGCAACUAUUUUUCAGACAGGAAAAACAAUUAUGUUCAGCAUGUUCGAACUCAUACAGGAGAGCGUCCAUAUAAAUGUGAACUUUGUCCUUACUCAAGUUCUCAGAAGACUCAUCUGACUAGACACAUGCGUACUCAUUCAGGGGAGAAGCCAUUUAAAUGUGAUCAGUGCAGUUACGUGGCCUCUAAUCAACACGAGGUGACCCGCCACGCCAGACAGGUCCACAAUGGGCCCAAGCCUCUUAAUUGCCCACACUGCGACUAUAAGACAGCAGAUAGAAGUAACUUCAAAAAGCACGUAGAGCUCCACGUCAACCCCCGGCAGUUCAACUGCCCCGUGUGCGACUAUGCGGCUUCCAAGAAGUGUAACUUACAGUAUCACUUCAAAUCCAAGCACCCUACCUGCCCUAGUAAGACGAUGGAUGUCUCAAAAGUGAAACUGAAGAAAACCAAAAAGCGAGAAGCUGACCUGCCUGAGAACAACGUUGCCAGUGACAAAGCAGAAACGGAGCAGACAAAAGUAAAGGGGGACAUGGCUGCAAAGAAAAAUGAGAAGUCUGUAAAAGCAGAGAAAAGAGAGACCAUUUCAAAAGAGAAGAAGCCGUGUGGUAACGGCUCACUGGUCCCGGUGACAACCAGGACUCGCAAAUCUGCCACAGAGGCUAAAGAGGCCGGUGUGCCAGUGGGGGCUGACUCCGAGAAAUCUUGUAAAACCAAGAAGAACAAAAGGAAGAUGGAAGCUGAAGCCCCGGCCUCGCCCGAUCCUGUGAACGAUGAGGAGCCUGUGGCAAAAAAGAAGAAGAAGGGAGAAGGGAAAUCCAAACACAGUCCGGAAGUGCCCAAAGGUGGAAGCAGGGUGGAAGAGAGCAAAAAGCAAACUACCUGCACGAAAAAAAGUACAAAGAAGAAAACUCUGAAAAAUAAAUCAAGUAAAAAAAGCAAUAAGCCUGCUCAGAAGGAGCCUCGCCAGAGGGAACUGUGUCCUUCCACGGCACCCACUCCGUCGGGGGCUGCUCAGGAGCCUGCUCAGAUGGAGCCGGCUCCCCCCACGGAGCCUGUUUCGUUGGAGGGUGCUCAGAUGGGGCCUGCUCCCAUGGAGCCUGUUUGCUCGGAGGUCACUGAGCUGGGGCCUGGUCCCAUGGAGCCUGUUCACUCGGAGGUCACUGAGCUGGGCCCUGGUCCCACGGAGCCUGUUUGCUCGGAGGUCACUGAGCUUGGGCCUGGUCCCGUGGAGCCCAUUGACAUGGAGGUCACUGAGCUGGGGCCUGGUCCCUUGGAACCCGUUCACAUGGAGGUCUCUGGGCUGGGGCCUGGUCCCACGGAGCCCGUUCACAUGGAGGUUGUUCAGGAGCCUGCUCAGAUGGACUCACCUCAUCCCAUAGAGCCUCCUCUUCACAUGGAGCCAAUUCCUAAAAAAUCUCCUUCCCGAAAAGAUAAUGAAAAGGAAAAAUCUGACGAGGUGGCACGAAAGAAGCAGGUCCUCAUCGAGGUUGGCUUAGUGCCUGUUAAAGACUGCCAGCUUCUCAAGGAGAGUGCGGGCACACAGGACCUGUUACCACCCUCACCACUGCUGCCAAAGGAGAACUUAGAACAAGAGGAGUCAAAAGACCAAAAAUUAUUUUCUGAAGGUGAAGGAAAUAUUGAAAGCCCCCCUCAGAAGGCAGAAGAGCCAGAAAAGAGUCUAGCUGAUCUUGCUGCUAGUGCCAAGGAAUCUACCAGUGUCGCAUCUUCUGGAGAGAACUUGAGCAUGCCAGGGAGUGAGACUUCCAUUGGGAAACCCCAGACCGACAUUCAUGAGAUGGAAAUGGACACAGAUCGGAACCCAGCAGCAGAGAGUCUCCCCGGGAAGGAGCCAGCCACCGAAGGACCAGGCGCACCACUCCUUCCUCCCCUGCCGAUGGAAGAGCAGGAAGCAGUGUCCCCCACGGCUCCAGCGUCACCGCCUGUUACCAUGGCAGUGAGUGAGUCUCAGGAAAUUGACGAAGAUGAAGGCAUCCACAGUCACGAUGGAAGUGACCUCAGUGACAACAUGUCGGAGGGCAGCGAUGAUUCUGGACUGCAUGGGGCGCGGCCAGCUCCAUCAGAAACCUGCGGCAAAAGCGCAGAGGGAGCCUUGGCCGCCAAAGUGGUUGAGGGAGAUUUCGUUUGUAUCUUCUGUGAUCGUUCUUUUAGAAAAGAAAAGGAUUACAGCAAACACCUCAACCGCCAUUUGGUUAACGUGUACUUCCUUGAAAAAGCAGCUAAAGGGCAGGAGUGAUUAAACUUUGGACAGUGUUUCAGUUCUUAGUGUGUAAAAUCUAUUACAUUUUAUAUUCCUUUAUAGUAGUAGACAACCUUUUAAGAUUGCUUUAAUUAAUGUCCAGUGUUGAUUUUUAAUUGCAUCCUUUUCCUUAGUACUUUAUGCAUACCUGUUGUGUAAAUUUUAGUAAACCCAAGGGAGUUAGUUACUAAACCAGCAGAUAACCUAAAUCUGCUAGCUUGUAUGUUUCAUUGAAAUGAAAAGGCCGAGGUGGUAUAAUAGCAUCUUAUAGCUUUGUUCCAAUUGUAGCUUGUCAGUUUUUUCUUUACAUCUAGUCUAUUGUUAGUUUCUUGUUUAGCUCUAUAAAAAUUGGCUUACUUAUAGCAAAUUACUUGAAGAAUUUGCCUGCUUUAUAUAAAGUUAGCACUUUAAGAUUUUUUUUUUUAGUGAUGAAAAAAGACAUUUAAAUUGAAGAAAAACUCUCCCAACAAUGGACAUUAUAUCAGUCCAGGUAUUUACUUCCUGAGUUUUGAUCAACAUUUCUUAUUUGUGUAUGUUAAUCGUCAUAAAAACAGUGAUUUUGGUGUGUGUAUUUUUUUUUUUUUUUGGUGCUUUAAUGGCUUGAGAUGUUGCACAUUGUUUUUGUUUUUGUUUUUAACCUAUGCAGUUAAAUUUUUCCUAGAAAUAGCAUUUGUGUUCAACAGUAACACUUUAUACAUAUAUAUAUAUGCAUGUUUAUUUUGGCCUCUUUGGAGGGAUGCUUUUAGUCUUAUUUGCAAAAGGACAGUUUUUCUCUUUGCUGCAAUUGUCUUUUUUGCAGAAUAGUGUGUGUAAGUUUGUGAGCAAAUGAAACAUGCAGGUUUGAUUCAUUGAUUUUGAUUUUUGCAUCUUAAAUCUAUGCCAGAAUCUGUAUUUCAUAUGUUAUUUAUUUGAAUGGAUGUGGGCAUCGCAGCUCUCAGUUUAGAUUUUGCAAUAAACAAACUACUAGUUUCCAUAUUGAACAAGUUUUUAUCCCAGACGCCAACCAUCAGUUAUUACUUUUUGUGUGUAUGGUAUAGCUACUUCCUAAUAGGUGUUAAAUCAUAUCUUGGAGGAGAACAUUUUCUCAUAGAUGGUUGAUGUCCAUAUGGUUGUGUAACUGAAUAAAGACCUCUAAGUGAUAUUUGGAAACUGCAUACCUGGAAUUAGGGUAUAUAAUUAUUCCUCCAAGUUUUACAAAAUAUCACUUGAGAGAUUUCCAAAGCCAUACCUGUUGUGCAGCAAACCUAGGCUAAGAGAGGUGGGUGUGGGUAGUGUGCGUGCUGGCAGACCAGCUGCAGGUCCUAGGAAUACAGCGAGAAAGGCUGGUGAAACUUACGUACAGUCCACAUGUAAAACUCGUUCUUUCUCAGGGAUCUCCACAAACCAGUGGGUGUCCUGGCUGUCCCUGCGACAGCCUCUUUCUACAGGUGAGGCCUCAAAUGAAUCGCAGCUCUCCCGGUGUUCCUAUGGGGGGUCCUUUGUAUGAAAAAGGGUGGCACUCCAAAACUUUGGCCAGAAGCCAGAGUAUGAAAGAAUCCAACUUAAGAUUUUUCUUACUGAUGGCAGUCAUUCAUCGCAGUAAAAUAAAGUGUGUUCCCGGUAGGGAAUCUUGGAUUCUGAGCUCCCAUGUUCUGGUUUAAAAUAACCACUUCGUAUUUUAUUUUGUUUUCUUUCAUCUGGUGGUCUCUUCAAGACAGGUUUCCGAUUUGGGCAGUACAGCAUUAAAGACUAAGAAAAGCAUUGAUGAUGUAUGGGUGGAGAACUUGUUAAAACUUUCAGAGUGACGUUUGAGCUCAAAAUUGUUUGAACUUGCAAUUGACGGGGAGGCCAAAGACUUAAAACGGCAGAACAUUGUGGAAAGACACGAGGAAUGGGUUGUGGGAUGAUGGUUGUGUUUUGUGUGCAUGAAUGAGAAUUUGUAGAUGUUGAAUUCUAGGCUCCGACAAUCAUUGUCUACAGAAGAUCAAGCUGCAAAUAUUUAUGUUUUAAAACUUAAAUUAUAAAGCCAGUUAAAUCCUUCUAACAACUAGUUUUAACGUCCCUGGGUACAUUUUACCUAACUUAAACUUUUGCAUUAUAUAGAGAUUUCAUCGUGAGCACAGACUGGAUGCUGGGAAAUCAGUUUGGGGAAGAGGUUUUUGUGGAUUCUUUCAUACUGCCAGAAAAAUAAACCAGUUUGCCUUCUGGGGAAUUGAACUCUUCUAGUCUUUAAGAUUAGAAUGCUAAAAUUAAAAAAUGAAAUUAAAACCCCUCAUUGUUAAAUUGAUCUGUGAAAACAUUGUUACUGGAAACUAAUUGGGAUUUGAGGCCUUUCUUCCAGAAAACAAAAACUUGAUUGUCAGGCCUAUAUUAGGUUCUGAACCUUAAUGCCAUGUGUUUUUACUUAUUAAAAUUGUUUCGAUGAAAAGCAUAUUAGAAACAUGAACUUCUGGUCCAGUUGGGAGUUCUUCAUUUGAUGUGAUAUUUGCAUGGAACUGUUUGGAUCUUUUUAUUUUCUUAUCAUCCCUCCCCUUUCCCCUACUGGGUAGAAUUGAAGCUAGAAUUUUCUCUGGAUAAAGGAACAAAAAAUAAACCUGUUAUUUGUAAAUUUAUGUUUAGUAACUAGUGGUAACUUUGAAUUAUUAGAAUAUAUUAUAAGCCUAAUCUAGGUAGUCUUAUGAAAAUGAAUCUUUUUAACUGUCUUUUGAAUCUGUAUUCCCACUGGUUUUCAAGAUAUUUUAAGUUAUAUUUUUUCCUGUUUAUUUCAGAGCUGCUUCUUAUUUGGGGGCUACUUUUUAUUAUUUUUUUUUAAAUUGAGAUGUACUUCACAAGGGGAUGCAUUUUUGUUGUUGUUGUUGCUUUGAUAUGGCUUCUUAUAACUGUGGCUGGGUGUUUUGCUCUUGUCUUCCAAGAAGAGCCAUUUCAUUCUUAGAGUCAACUUCUGAAAUCAUGUGGUCAUUAGCUUGGGGUCUGCUGGGCAUACCAGUGCUGAUACACAUCAGAACCCAAGUAGGCCUUGUUGCAUGUCGCCCCGCGAAUGUCGGCAGUGAAAGGAAGACCUGGCCUGCAGUAUGCUAUCGCUCUGGACUGAAAAGCUGGGAAGAAAUGUAAUUUUCUUCUUUUGUAAGUCAGAAGAACUUAACAGCUAGCGUGCCGAGUUUCCAUGUUAACCUCAGUUGAUGAAGCAAGCUGA